AUGACAAAGAGGUCGGGUGUGUCUGUAGCUCAGGAAUUUAACCUGGAUCUGGCAUCAUUAGUUGUUACCUCUGCUGCUGCUUUAUGGAAGUAUGCGGGAUCUGCCGGCUGUGUGGCAUGUAUUGUACCACUGUUUACAGGUAUACCUGCUUGUGCUAUUUGUGCUGGUGCACUCAUAGGUGCGGCUCUAGUGCUAAUUACGGAUAAUAACUCAAAUAACAGUUAG